ACUUUUUUACCCACAAUGGGACAAAGGUUCCCCCUACACUGAGCACAGUUGUACUUGGGGAGCAGUUUGUUGGCAAGUGAUGGUGCACUGAAUGAGUCAGGGUGAUGGCACCCAGUGACGAGUCUGGAAUAAUUACUGGCUUAUUAUACUGCCGAAAGGUUAUCUCUCCUCUCAGAGGCUGGUCUAGGGAGGGGGGCCACCGAGCAGGGUCCUUAUCUCAAAGCUCAGGCCCCCAUGGUCAGCUUAUAAGUGGCCGGUCAACAGCCAUUGAGAUUCACAUUCCUCCAGUAAGAGGCUGGCAUCAUGCAGCGUGUGGCUCCCGCUCUCCUGGUGGUCCUGUGGCUAUUAGCCUGGCACAGCGGCACCCACGCCACCAACAGAGUCCCCACGCUUGGGAUGAAGCUGUGCGGCAGAGAGUUCAUACGUGCCGUUAUCUUCACAUGUGGGGGUUCCCGGUGGAGAAGAAACGAGGUGCUGCAAGCAGGGGAACCUGCUGAAGUCUUUGGAAACUUGGUCUCUGCUGACGUGAAUUCCGAGGAGGAGGACAUGUUGAGUGAAUGGGCGAGCAGCCUGCGACCCCACAACAGUGAGAUUGACUAUGGGAGUGUGCGGCACUGGAGAGACACCACAGGGGGGCGGCACGGCAUGGCGGCGGCGGCAGCAGCGGAGGAAACACUGAGGGGGGUGGAGAGAAGAGGGAGGGAAGCCGCAUUGGGAUUAUCUAAUACUUGUUGCAAAUGGGGGUGUAGCAAGAGUCAAAUUAGCUCCUUGUGUUGAGAGGGAGCAGGUGACUGGGACAUUGUCUGGAAUUAAGGAGCACUCCGGGGUGCUGGGGUCGUGUACAUGUGUAGAACAAGAAUUAUUAUAAUUAUUAUGAAUGUGUGAGUGAGUGUAGAGUAGAGUAGUGUAGGGGCAUCUGGGGCAAUGUGUGUAUUAUCAAUAUAUAUAUAUACAAUACAUUUUCAAUCCUGUAUUCUGCCUCUUUCUUUCAUGAAUAUACAGAUAUACAAUGGGAGGAGGCAAGUUUAUUGCAUUCUGGGAGAGGAGUUUGUGCUGCUGGG